AAUUAUACAGGAAGGAGGCGUCAUAAUGUCGAGGGCGGGUCCCUUCAAAAGUUUUAUCCAAUCAGAAUGCAGUCUGCUUAGCGGAAAUCAAUGUCAUCCGAAGGCGGGUUUAUGUGUAUGGCAUGAGCUACACAUUUUAUUUCCUUGAUUUGUUUUCUUACAGUUUCCUAUUGCAAAUGUCCAACAUUUAAAUUUGAUAUAUUUAGAUUUAUUUGUCUGCAAGAGGAAAGCGACUUAUAAAGAUGGGGUAUAUGGCUGUGGAAAAACAUACAUCUGAUCUUCUACAUUUGAAGAGGUCUCCUGGGAUUAGAUCAUGGUCCCUCCUUGUUGGAAUUGCUUCAGUUGGAGUAGCAGCAGCCUAUUACAGCUCUGACAGCAUAUUAUGGAAGAUGUUCUAUGUGACCGGUUGUUUUUUUGUAGCCCUGCAGAAUAUGGAGGAAUGGGAGGAGGCAGUGUUUGAUAAAUCUAAGAGUGAGAUAGAACUAAAGACGUUUAGUCUCUACACCAUGAUACUGACUCUGUGGAGAAGAGGGCAUGAGAGAGUGGUGUUAGACCUGCGGCACCUGCGAGACGUGAGUGUUCAGGAGGAGAGAGUGAGGUAUCUUGGGAAGGGUUACCUGUUGGUGCUGCGUCUAGCGACAGGCUUCUCUCACCCGCUUACACAGAGUGCCACGCUGGGGUCACGCAGUGACGUGGAGGCACUUGCUGCACUUCUGAAGCGCUUUUUGGGUCUUGAGGAGUUACAGCAGCGUUUGGCAGAAGACGAUUUUCCUGAUGAUGAUGACAAUGAAGAUUUGGGAUUGGGCGAUAGCAGUGAUUCAAAAGAGGAAGAUGAACUUUAAAAACCUCGGGGAGAGUUAGAAAACGGUGGAAAACACUGUAUCAAGCCUUAAAUGAAACAACCAAACAUUCCAAUCUUAUAAAUAUCCUGAUGACCAUCUCAAAGCAUUAUCUGUUAUGGUUAUAUUGCAUUUUUACUUGCAUCUUUAAAGAGGCAUUACCAGGUGAUAUUCAGUGCUUUUGCAAAAUGUCUCUGUAUACUUUGCUACAUGCAUAAAUAAUUUGUCAGUUUGUGAAAUAACUGCAUGAAGAA